CUGCGGAAGCCACGUCUGUUGCAAAAAUAAGUCAUCAAAAAGACAGUGAUGUCACGAUUAAUGGAAUUAAUCGAACAAUAUCAAAGAAGGAAAGAUCGAAGGAGGAUUUCUCUUUAGAUGAUAAUAAUCGAGAAGUUAAGAGGAAGGAAAAUGGGGAAACCGGAGACACGACGAAAUUAAUAUCGCAAGAUAUCUCGAGGAUCGAGGAAACGUCAAGGAGUAGUAAUCCGAUUAUCGCCGAGGAACAAUUGACGGAUUCGCGCGAUAAUUUGAAAAGAGGCUCGGACGUGAAACAUUUAAUGGAAGAUAAAAGAACGAUCGAUGAAUCGAUUGAGCAUACUUCUAAGCGAACAAACGAAGAACACUCUUUCGAAGGCUCUACGGUUGAUUGGAAAUUUUCCGAAGCGUGCCUUUCCUCUGAGAAAAAAGAUUGUGAUAUAAUAACCACGCGGUUCAUCGUUCAAAUUGGACAUAAUGCGAAGAACAAAGAAAUUCCCGCAUAUGGAAAGAGACAUUUCCAUCUAAACCAGUAUACACAUAUAUAUACCAUAUACACAUGGAAGAAAAAUGGUUAGAACGAAAUGAAAUUCUCGUUUCAAUUCAUUGUACUUAUUUCUCAGAAAAUGCUUGGCUAAACACGAGCAUGCGAGUUCAUAUCUGGCAACGUCUAUCAACGAGAACGUAAAAGACAACUCGUUUUAUCAAUUCAUCCGUCAUCGUUGCGGCGAAAAUAUGGUUAAUGGUUUAUCUUGUUCUCGAUACAAUAAACUUUACAAACGGUGGGAUAUUCAGAAAAGUACAAUACAAUUUGUUUACACGUUUAAUCUGUAAUAUGCAAUUCUUAAAGAAAAUUCAUAAAAAAAGAAAAAAAAAUGAAUCAUAUAUAACGAUAUAAUACAUUGGAUUUAUUUUUCAGAUAUACUGGAUAAUUCGCGAUACGAGCACCGCUGUUACAUUUGCGGAGCUCAUAGAAAUUCGAGCAUUUCCUGUGGAUACAAAUGUAAAAUGAUUCCGAGUUCUCAAAGAGUAACCUUUCGUCUUCCUAAUAAAGAGGAGACAAUGUAGACGACACGAAAUUCAUCGUGUCUGACUAGCUUUAGGAAUCUUCUUCGAUAUACGUGAUUCGUUCUAUCAUUUCAACGAAUCUACCGUUGUUCGUGAUUAAUGUAAAUUGAUAAAAAUAAAGAACUCACAGGCAAGGGAAGCAAACGGAAACAAUCAGGAAUCGUGUCGAAUAAUCGUGCGAUCUGCUGUGCAGUCAGAAAGAAAAAGGUAACUGUAAAUUGUUUCAACUAAAUCACGGACAAAAUAAAUUCGUGCAAAUUUCGAAAACGCACUGUUUCCUACGAGACGAACAGACGGUGCUCAUUAGACACGCUCGAAAACUUUUACGCUUCCCGAGCAAAAUCAAAUUAAACUAUUAAGUUAUUUAGUCUAAUUAGCGAUCAUUUCUUAAUUGGACACGACAUAGCAUCUACAUUCUUUACGUUCGUUCAUAUUUAUAACUACUAUUAUUUAGUAAGACUCUAUCACCGAAAGGUGGAUACUCGUUUAUUAUAAAAAUAUCACUUUGAUUUUAGAUCGACAUUAUCCGCGAACCGCAAAUAACCAUGGAAAUGAUAGAAGAACGUUUAAUAAUGAUUUCUCCCGGAGGGAAGAAAGUCAUCGGCGGUCGUCGACGCGUAUCAAAUUUCCUGGUUCAUCGUUCAUCGAUCACGCGCGAGCUUGCAACAACAUUAUCGUUGCGUAAUUUAAAUCUUUCCGUAGAAAGAAAAAAGCAAGGGACUCGAUCGAAAGGGACUACGGGUCCACUAAUAACGGAUUUUCGAGUACAUACUUCCUAAAUCAACAAUUCAACAUUGACGCGAACGGGCGAUUGGCGUCUUCCUUCACAUCCCAAUGAACGUGUGUUGCCGUCUUUCUCAUUUCCGCUUUCCAACGGAAUAUAAUUUCUCGCUUAAAACGAGAGAACCGGCUUUUGACGUUACAACUAAUAACUUAUAGUUUUAAGAAACGUUCCAUAAUUAAUGAUACACUACGCGUUGUCAUAGCUCCUAAGAAUAUAUCUGUCGCUUUAUUAAAAAUUCUCCCUUAACGAAAGGAAUCUAAAUUUUAUCUCGUAAAAAAGCGAAUACUGUUGUAAAAGACCUUGUCAUCCGGUUUUCAUAUAUCGUUAUAGUCGGACGGAAUCAUAUUAAUAACUAAGGUUUAAAUUGAACCGAAUCGAAUGAACGGUCAGCGAAUUGUCAAUGUACGAGUGUCUCGAUCAGUUGAAUCUUCGAUUCUGUUAGUUUAAUUAAGAGAACGGGGCUGUGCGCAAGCAUGAAUACUCAUACGUUCAAAGAUUAACAGUAAAUGGUAAAUCGGAGAAACUACCGUUCGAUGAUUCCUCUUUGCGCAUCAUUGCUCCAAACAUACUUAUGUGCGUACGUAUUCACGUAUAAACUCGUCUGUCGAAGGAGGAAAUGUUAUUUAACGCGGCCAUAAUGUAAGAUGCGUACGUUAACCUACUCUUGAUCAACGGUAACGCGUAGAACGGCACGUUGAAAUCGGUUAAUGACCGUAAUAGACGUUGAGGCUCAGGGAACCGUAAUAAUCAUAAUGACAUUACAAUUCGAGUCGAAUCGAAUUAAUUUAAACGGCACUAUGUGCUUUUUUUUCUUUCACUCUUUAGAUUCGUUAAAAAGUUCAUAACGAUUUUCGAUCUAACGUCUUAAUACGAACGAUUAAAUACGAAUAUAUUGAAACUAUUGAUGAACGAAUUGAAAUAUAGUCCUGUCGAAUGGCUGGGAUCAAUACCUGCUGGCUGUACGCCCUGCUAUAUACAAGGAAGGGAUAGGGCGGGGAUCCUUCCUUGUUUCCUUUUGCGCUAGAACGUUGAGCAUUAUUCGAGUUUCGUCCUAUUGUUUUCCUUCUUCUUUUCUUUCUAUUUUUCCCGGUCUUUUCUUUCUUUCUCUCUCUCUGUUUUUUCUUUUUUUUUUUUUUUUUUUUUCUAUUGCUCCUCGUCAAUUGCGAAUUCUUAUGCGACCAAGCGUGUUGAAAGAUCGUUGGGACUCCACGUAACGCAACACACAAGCGUGUAAUCUGAUUGUCAGGAUAUUUGAAUUUGACGUAUUAUUUUUAUUCUGUUUAUUUUUUUUUUUUUUUUGUUCUUUUAUAUGACAAAUAUGCCAAAUUGGUAUACGUUAUUUUCUCUCUUGCGGUAUACACUCCGUGUACUUUAUUUUUCAAGAAUUUACUGCCGGAAAGACUGGUUCUGGUAUAUAGGGUUUACCUACGUAGUCAUAACAGACGAGAAACUAGAGUACACAGGUGGUCGCACAGGAUACUUCAUUCUGCGUCCAGUUCACUCACCUCGCUUUAAAGUCCCGUUUUCGCUAAAACUUCUUUUAGAAACUUUAUAUGCCUUGCUAAUCCUCGCAUAAUGGAUAAGAAUUCGGAUAAUUAAGGAAUCGUUGGGUCGAUUAUAUCAUUCUUGAAUGAAUUAUAUAAAUAUGAAACUAACUAAAUACGAGAAAUAUAUAAUUUACGAGAAAUUUAUACAUAUGCGAUGUAUUCUCGAUACGGUCAAUUUAUAACUCAUUUCAUGAAUUUUUCAUCUUUUUAAUAUCACGCAAUUUCAAACGGGAUAUGCGAAAGCAAGAUUUGUUCAAAUGACCUUGAAAAAGAAAGCAUCUCAUUGCGACGUAUAAUACAUCGAUAAAGUUUCGCUACCGGUUUAGAUCGUCUAUUUGUUUUUAUUGUUUCAUGUUCGAUAAGUAAAAUUAUAUGCAUUGAUUUAAAAAAAUUAAUUUCUUGGAGAGUGGAGAAUUAAUUAAACAAAAUUUCUACAAAGUGUUUUUAUGAAAUUAAAUAUAUGUAUCAAUCGUACGAUUUAAAAUAAUAUUAUGUUUAAUAUUAAUAAUAGAAUUUUUAUUUUUAAGAUUUAUCUCGGAUUGAAGACUACUCCAGUUUGGAGACAUACCAAUUUCGUAAAAGGGAGAAUUUUAGAGGAGAACAAACAAACGAGUAAUUUUAACUUUUGCUAAUCUUGAAAACAAUGCAGAGCAACGGUUCAGAGAAUAUGGGACCUGAAAAUGGUGUUGAAAAAUCUGGAUGGACGGUUGGAUUGAUUAACGGAAAAUACAAGUACCUCACGGCUGAAACUUUUGGUUUCAAAAUCAAUGCCAAUGGAUCAAGCUUAAAAAAGAAACAAUUGUGGACUCUGGAAGGAAGCGAUCAACAAGUAUUUCUUCGUUCUCAUCUGGAUCGGUAUUUAGCCGUGGAUCAGUUUGGAAAUGUGACUUGCGAAACAGAAGAUGUUAAUGAUCCUGGCUGUGCUUUCCAAAUACAGCUGGCCUCUGAUGGAAGCGGACGUUGGGCUCUAAAGAAUAUCCAGAGAGGUUAUUUUCUAGGCUCUAGUCAAGAUGAGUUAAAAUGUACAGCUAAAGCUCCUGGUGAGGCAGAAUACUGGCUUGUACACCUUGCUGCCAGACCACAGGUAAAUCUUAGAUCUGCUGGAAGAAAACGUUUUGCUCACUUAAGUGCAGCACAAGAUGAAAUUCAUGUUGAUGCCCCAGUACCAUGGGGUGAAGAUACUUUAUUUACUUUGGAAUUUCGUCCUGCAGCUAUGGCAGAUCAUGAUGAUGAUCAUGGAGAUCACGUCAAAUCAGAAGGUGGACAUUAUGCUCUUCAUACUUGCAAUAAUAAGUAUCUUGCACGCGAUGGUAAAUUAUUAGAUAGUUGCACCAGAGAUUGUCUCUUUGCAGCAGAAUUUCAUGCAGGACUACUUGCUCUCAGAGAUAUCAAUGGUGCAUACUUAGCACCAAUUGGAAGCAAAGCUGUAUUAAAGUCUAGAUCUACAACUGUAACACGCGAUGAACUCUUUUCUUUGGAAGAGUCUCUUCCACAGGCUUCCUUUGUUGCUGCUCUGAAUCAGCGAUAUGUUUCUGUAAAGCAAGGAGUGGAUGUUACUGCAAAUCAAGAUGAAAUUUCUGGUCAUGAAACAUUCCAACUAGAAUUUGAUCGCGUUACAAAACGAUGGUACGUACGUACCAUGCAAGAUCGUUAUUGGAGUUUGGAAGCUGGUGGUGGUAUUCAAGCUGCUGAUCACAAAAAGUCUUCAAAUGCUCUUUUUGAUCUUGUUUGGCAAGAGGAUGGCACAGUAGCACUGCGUGCUAACAAUGGCAAAUUCGUAGCUACCAAACGCUCUGGCCAUCUUUAUGCAAAUGCUGAACUUACAAAUGGAAGUGAUUCAGAUGCUUCUAAAUAUUAUUUCUAUUUGAUAAAUAGACCAGUUUUAGUACUUCGAUGUGAGCAAGGCUUUGUGGGCCCUAAAAGUACAACUAGCCCCAAGCUUGAGUGCAAUAAAGCCAGUUAUGAGACAAUUCGCGUGGAACGAUGUGAACGUGAUAUUGUUAGAUUUAAAGGGCAAAAUGGAAAAUAUUGGCAUGCAGAUAGUGAGGGAGUAACUGUGGAUUCUGAUGUACCAUCCGAUGGCUUUUACUUGGAAAUGCGCGAACCAUCUCGUCUUUGCAUUAAAUCUACUGAUGGUCGAUAUCUUACCGCAGGUAAAAACGGUGUUUUACGUUUAGGAGAAACAGAUUAUGAUUCUGCCACAAAAUGGGAAUUUUAAUGUGGCUGGUUUUGGAGAAACAUAAUCCAUCAGGUGUGAUUAUAUCUCAUCGUAUUUUUUACAUGGGAACGUAAGAACAAAAACUUUGUUCCUACUAUGUACUUAACCAAGAACAGUUUUGUAAACCUCACCGUAAAACGAAUUUACGACAUAUCGAUGGUGAAUUAUCUUCAUGGAACUACAAAAAAAAAAGAUAUCGUAAAUUUGCAUAAAUCAAAGACUGACAGCUAUACUAACUGUGAAUUAUUAUGAGCCAAUCAUUAUUAUGAGCUUUUUUAUACGCAAUGCUUCAUUUUAUAUAAACUAUACAAUCAAUUUAUCGCGUAAUAAGCUUCACUAAAGUAAAUCAUUUCAAUUGCGUCAACGCACAUUGACAAUACAUAUUUGAUAUUUGAUAAAGUCGUGUAUUAAAAGUGAGGAUGUUCUUUGUGGGUCAUUUAUAAGAUAUCUUUAAUACAGCUUUCCAUUUUUAAUAGCAUAUAUGCAUAGAUUAUCCAUAAUUUAAAUUAAGGGAAGUAUAACAGUAUGAACAUUCAUACAUUGGUCAUAGACCAAUCUUUGUUCUACUACUGUUCUCUACCAAAAGCAUAUAUAUAAGAAUACUAAAUUAUAUCCCUUUCUUAAUAAGCCAAAAUAACAAUUUCAAACUGAAAAUAUUAAAUAUUUGUUUAUAACAUUAAAAUGUGAUGCAUUUUAUAUAACACACUUUACAUUCAUAAUACUUAUUAUUUUUUUUAAAUUGUCAAUUCUCACAAAAAAUACCCCAAUCAUUUAUUUUUUUUUUAUUUUUUUUUACUUGCAUAUAUUUGAACUCGAAUUAAGGAUUAAUCUAUUUAGUAUCAAGUAAGUUCAAAAUUAAUAUUAAAAUUGACCAUAAGUAAUUCAAUAUUUAUAUAAAAAUUUAUGGCGUUUCAUCUUAUAAUAUAAAAAUUAUUCCUCUAAAAAUUAUAAAUCUAUAAUUUUAUCUAAGAAUUUACUUGUGCACAAACUUGUGUAGCUUUCAUAAAAAAGUCACUACUUUUUGAAUUCCUUAUUAAAGCUAACAAGUAUAAUAUCUGUAUCUUAUAGCAAUACAUUGAAAUUAAAUUGGAUGAAUACAUUUGAGUAAAACAUGAGUGUAAAAUGUAAUAUGUAGGACUUACUUAUCGUCAUUGGUCAUCAAUUUAAACUUAUUAAGAACGAAUAUUAUAUAAGCAUGUAUUUUUAAUUGUCUAUGCAUUGCGCAAUAUAAAAAUUGUGUCUAUUUUUGCUAUUCAUUGUGUAGAAUUUUUACAAAUGUGCAGAUUUAUUUCUUUUUAACUUUUUUUUUAUUUUUUUUUAUUUUUUUAAUACUGUACGCAACUAUCGAUACAUUAAACUAAAAUCUCAUAAACAAUUAAUAAUUUUAUUAAGAAUUAUUAACAAGAAUGUAAUAAACAAUUUUAUAUUGACUGAAAAUAUUUGUUCUAUGACAGAAAGCCCUGUUAUUACUUUUCCCUUGUUUUGUUGUAAAACUUAUUAUAUAGGAGAACUAUUUAAUAUAUACAAUAAAUGAAUAUAUUAUAUACAAAUUGUCUGUCUGGUAAGCGUCAAUUUGGAGAAUAGGUUUGGGGGUAUGCGGAGAAGGAAUGAUACAUAUUUAAGGAUUACAGCAUGAAAAAUAUAAACUUCAUUUCACAUCAACAAAGCUUGUUUUUACUUAUAAGGAAAUAUGUUUUUGACAGGUUAAUAUAUCGAUAUUGUAUAUAAAUUGAAACUAUUCAAGCAACUAUAUACCAAAAGGGUUAAUAAUAAUAAUGGCAAUGUGGUAUUCAAUGAAGCAUUUAGAAAAAUAUUUCAUCGUAUAAGAUAAUAUUUUAUUUUAUCCUUUUUUAGAUUUUAAUCCUUGUAAUUUUUUACACUUUAGUUUGUAAUCUUUUUAGUAUACGUUCUUCCGCUAGUACCAUAUAAUUAUGAAAUAUAGUCUUUAGGCAGGGAUGUAAAAGAGAAAGAAAUUUAAGUUGUGACAAAUUAAAGUGCAUGUAAUCAUAAGCUAUACCGACUUUGCUUAGAUCAAGAUGGGUAUUUUCAGGAAUGAUUGGUAAUUUCGUAUUUCUUUGACUAAAAUGUGUUAAUAAAGUAAAACGUGAAUUCAUUUUCUCGCCAAUUUGGAUGGCUUCGGACAUGGUCGAAUGUUUUUUAAAUAUUGCUUCUCUUGAUAAUUCAUCCUGCAUAGUUGCUUCAUGAAUAAGUAAAUCACAAUUCAUACCUAGUUGUAUUAUGCUAUUACAAGGCAUAGUAUCGCCACUAGAACGUAUAACGAACAAAUGUUAUAAACAUAUUAUUAAUAUUAAAACUAAGUAUGCUUCUUCGUAUUAAAAUGUUCUUACCUAUA